CUUGUCAACGACAUAAACGUGCAAACUUUCAAAGCAACUCCAAAGAAGUUGAAGCAGCGCGUGCGUGGAAAGGAGGAAGAAGAAGCCUCCCGCGGGCAUGUGCGAGCGUGCGUGUGCACGGAGAGAGAGAUGCUUGGUGGCCACGUCCCCUUGGAGACUGCGCACACACACACACACACACACACAAAACACGUGAUGAGCUUUAGUGCGCGGCUUUAGACGGACAUACACGCACACACACGGAGGAGGAGAGGCCGACGACUCGAACACACAACAAGCUUUCUUCGAGUCUUUCUCUCGACUUGUGCCUCCGGGAGGAGGAGGAGGAGGAGGAGGAGGGAGGAAGGGAGGAAGGGAGGAGGAGGAGAAGCCGGAGUAAAGUUUGUCCAAGUUUGCACAUCCCUUCGGAAACGCCAUUUUGAUUCCUCUCCUCUUCAGAGCAACUUUGCAGCCUCUCUCUCCCCCCCUUCAUCACCCAUCCUCGUCAUCAUCAUCAUCAUCAUACUCGCCACGAUGUCUCGGCGUAAGCAGCCCAACCCCAACAAAGUCCGACUGUGAGCAGUGGUCGCAGACACACACACCUCAAACCACACCCCAACUCGCAACCGCCCCACCCAGAGCAACGCGAGUGAGCGCACGUUCUCACUUUUCGAGGAGGACGCAGCAGCCAUGGAGGAUGCCACUGGGGAGAUGGAAGUGGGAGGAGCCAACCCAAUGAUGAACAGGGAAGAGGCCGACCUUAAAGAGGCCACACCCCAGAGUAGCAUGACAGAUGAACCCAACACAAUCACGACAACAACGAUCGCAGACAAGACGCUACAGAGUGGCGAUCAAGGCGGAGGCGGUGGCGGCAGCGGAGGAGACUUGUCCUCCAUCAAUGCCAUGAUGUCAGCAGUGAUGUCAGCAGCGGGAUCCAUUAAUGGUGAAGGAGAAGCAGGAAGUGACGCCACCCCUGCCCCAUCCCCAAGCCCCUCUCCUAAUAAGACAUCAGCCCAGAGAGCGCCACCUGGCCGGAACGCACGACGCAACCAGGACGCCAAAGAAGACCACUCGACACACAUAUGUCCGCUAUGUGACAAGAGCUGUCAGACGCAGCAUCAGCUGACCAUGCACAUUAGACAGCACAACGCCGAUACGGGGGCAACGGACCACUCAUGCAGCAUUUGUGGUAAAUGUCUGAGCUCUGCAUCGUCGUUGGACCGUCACAUGCUCGUUCACAGUGGUGAGCGACCUUAUAAGUGCAACGUGUGCGGACAGACCUUCACCACCAACGGUAACAUGCACAGACACAUGAAGAUCCACGAGAAGGACCCGGCCAGCGGUCUGCUCCCCGUCAGCCCACCCUCACCCACAAAGCGGCGGCGGCCAUCCGUGAAGCGGAGGCAAGGCAUGGAGGACGAGAGCGGUGACGAGCCACCCUCCAAGAAGGUGACAGAGGACUCUGCCUUUGAGGAGCCCCCAGUGACUGCAACAAUGACAGCAGUGGCGGCAGCAACGGGUGUUCGAUGCGUGGAGGAGGAGCUUCUUCCUUGCCCCAUCUGCUUCAAGACCUGCAGCAGCAGACUUGAGCUGGACACACACAUGGACACACACCCUGACACCACACUGAGGUGCGACUUCUGCUGCCUUUCUUUCCGAACCCACCGCGGCUUGUUGCGUCACAACGCAGGCAUCCACAAGAUCCUUCCACAAGACCCCAACGGCCGCCCCUUCAUUCAGAACAAUCCCUCCAUCCCCACCGGCUUCAAUGACUUGGCCUUCAUUGAUUUCUCCUGCAAGAAGUUUGCUCACAUUGCACAGGUCUGGUGUGAGACCAACCUUCGUCGCUGCGUAAGUAAGUUUCACCGCUUUGUGUGCGAGUGUUGCGACAAGGCGUUCCCGCUUCGCUCAGCCCUGGAGCUCCACAAAAGCACCAUCCAUGUAGACACGCCUUCAGACGCCAUCGAACACGAAACUGAGGGAAAAGAAGAAGCCGUCACCCCAGAAAAAGACACCAAGGAGCAUCACAUUGAUGCCGAGGAUGUUCUGCUUUCCCAGCAGUCCACUUUCCUGGAGGGACUGGGUCUCCAGCACAUUUCUAAGGUCAAAUCCGGACCCACAGAUGAUGAGAUCCACCAGGCCCACUUGGACAGCAUCAAAGUGAUCCAUGUAGAGCCACUGAAUUCCAGUUUCCCGCAGGAGCAUGCCUACCUGUCAGGUGGUCUGGGUCUGACUUUGGGGGUGAGUGGGCUGACGGCACUCAGCAUCCCCCUGCUGGACCAGUCUGGCACCGCAUCCACCCUGCAGGGUCUCUCAAAGAGGGACGCUUUGAGUCUGCUCUCCUUGCAGCCUUUCCAAGCAAGCUUCCUCAUGCAGCCUGACGGUGCCACGGCUGCCGCUGGUGCAGCAACGUCUGGCAUCAAACCUGGUGAAGUGGGCGGGAUCAUGGAGCUGGCAGACAUACAGCAAAUGCUGAAAGUAGCCACUACAGUCCCCAGUCAGAUGGGACUGAGCAUCCCCCCCAUGGCUAAAGCCACAGCGUUCACUGGAGGCCAAGGUCAAGUCCAAAGCCAAAAGGCGAUGCCUCCAUUGAAACCCAAACCUCCAAUCACGCCUCGCUCCAGCCUUACUGCGACAACGCCUCCACCCCUCCAGAGUUCUCAGCAGGCGUCACUGGGCUGCAUCAGUCCCAGCCUGCCUCCCCCAAUUCCCACCCUCUUCAAAACGCCUUCCUCCUCCUCUUCAUCCUCCUCCUCAGCAGGGGGCGGCGGCCAAUUGGAAGCUGAGUGUCCUCUGUCUGAUUCGCCGCCUGUGGCCACCACCGCUGUGCAUGAAGAGGUGGGGCUGAGCGGGAAGAAACCAGGAAGCAAAACGGUUAAUGAGGGCAGUGGCGCCAACGCUGGUUCGGCCAAAGGAUCCUUCCCGUGUCGCUUCUGUGAUCAAGUGUUCUCCUUCUCGGGCGUCCUACAGGCUCACAUGCGCUUCCACCUGGGCAUCCUGCCUCACCAGUGCAACAUCUGCGACUAUGUGGCCCCUGACAAGGCCACACUCAUACGACACCUGCGCACACACAGCGGCGAGCGUCCAUACAUCUGCCGCGUCUGCCACUACCCCUUCACUGUCAAGGCCAACUGUGAGCGCCACCUCAGAAAGAAGCAUGCCAAGACAUCCAGGAAGGACAUUGAGAAAAACAUAAAGUGUGUCUUUUCGACCACUCCAAACAUCACAAAUGCGAUUACCACUGGAACCACUACUGUGGACCUCGGAACAGGAAGUGCCGGAGCGGAGACAGCAUGCCGGUUCUGCGGCGAGGACCUCAAGACUUACCGGGCGUUGCAGAUCCACUUGCGCACACACAACGGCUGCCAGAGGAAGCCAUUUGAGUGCCGACGCUGCGGCGCGGCCUUCCUGGCCAAGCGGAACUGCAUCCACCACCUGCUGAAGCAGCACCCUGAGGUGCAGGAGCGCGAGAUCGAGGAGCACAUCGCCACACUUCAGCCCGCUGCUACUGUCACCUCUGCUCGCGCCCCCCCGCUUACUGUGAUGGCUGCCAAUGGGCUGAGUCAGCCACCCAUCCAGGCGGUCAAGUUGGAGGGAGUGACUAACACCCUUUAUCUCGAAGAACUGGAUCAGCCUCUGGACUUUUCCGCCAAAGGUCGUGGAGCCCAUGUGGCGUUUCCUGGGGUCAAAAUGGAGACUCUCUCCCCUAACCUGGACUGCCCUGCACUGGACCAGCCCAUUGACCUGUCCAUACCCAGCAAAAGACAGAGGAGGGAAGCGGCCAUUGAUGGUGAGACGCGUGAGAUCAAGAUGGAACAAAAUGGUGGCAACAUCAUCGAGCAGCACAUCGUCGCCAAAGAAGACAAGAUGGCAGGCACAUUGGCUGUGGGCUGCUACCAGUUCACCCCUGGAUCCACCCCUCCCCCGACAUCCCUCGCUAACGUCAGCACCUCUACACGACCUCAGCGCCUCAAGCCCCUCCUUCCAAAGCCUGCCUCCUCCGCCUCAGCUCCUCCUACUGCCCUCAAAGAGCUCCCGCCUCUGGCAUCCAUUGCUCAGAUCAUCCACUCAGUGUCCGGCGCUCCGGACCUGCUGAAGAGGGAGGCGGCCUCGCUGGAGGGAAAACCUCAGCCGGCUUCGGAAUCCACCACAGACGCUUCAGGAAGCUCCAACCUGCAGGAGACGCCAAGUGAUGACAACAGCAGGAAGAAAAACAGGAAGAAGACUGCCGCCCUCACCGUCAAAGACCAGAGCGUCAUGAGCAAUGCUGUAGACCUCGAGUCCAGCGGUGAGUUUGCCAGUGUUGAAAAGAUGCUCGCCACUACGGACGCCAACAAGUUCAGCAACUACCUGCAGACGGGGACGAGCGACCUGGCAGCCAAGAGAGAUGGCGAGCAAGCAGGAGGCGGCAGGGACAAGGAUAGCGGCCCAAGAGAGGAACUGAAGACGGUGUUGCUUCCACAAUCAAAAGGGAAGAAGAACGCAUACUCCAACUCUGUCCAGAAGAUGACCUGUCCAUUCUGUCCUCGAGUCUUCCCUUGGGCCAGCUCUCUGCAGAGACACAUGUUGACGCACACCGGCCAGAAGCCGUUCCCGUGUCCACGCUGUGACGCCUUCUUCUCCACCAAGUCCAACUGUGAACGCCACCUGCUGAGGAAGCACGGUGUCACAAACAGAACACUGCGACGCAACGGUGUCCUCGUCAAGAAAGAAGGCGACGAAGGCUCACACGAGAGCGCAGAGAGUCAGUCUGAGACGGAGCAGCUUGCAGCAGAACCUCAGACCCCUGCUGAGUCUUCAGCCAUCAACGCCACGCCUUCCACCGACCUCAAAGACACUCUCUCAGAGCCACAGGGGGAGGAAUCGACUCCAAGCAGCCCCACCCACCGGCCCACCUCAGCAGGGUCCAGUCCUGCUCAGCAAGCAGAACCAGAACCUACUGAACAGCCAGACCAGCAGGGGGCAUCAGACAUAGAAACAGAACCAUCUAAACUGGCUCCACCCACAAACAAGCUGGAGAAUGGCGAUGAUGAUGACUGUCAGAGCAACAAAAGUUUGGACCUCAACUUUGGCAGGAAGCUCAUCGAUUUCAAGCUGUCUAGCUCCACCCCCUCCACUGACAGUCCGCAAGAAGUGGACAAAGACAGUACCAGUGCCCCCCCCUCCUCAGCGAGCCCUGCCCCUGCCGCCAAGCCUCAGCCUGAGUACAAGCACGUGUGUCGCGUGUGCAAGAAGAGUUUCCGCUACGCCACCACACUUGCUCGCCACGAGAGGGCGCACCUUAGCGAGGAGACACCGGCCAAGGAGGAGCCACCAGAGACAGAGAAGGCAGAGGAGAGCAAUGUCGCUAAAGUGUCAGAAGAUGAGAAAGAGGAUGAGCCUAAGAAGAAGGACGUGGAACUUGAGGAUGGUGGCGGUGUGAGCGAAGCAGGCGAGAGUGGCGAGUCAGAGGAGGAAGACAAAGAAAAGGAGGAGCGCAGCGACGACGAAGAGCCAAGAAGCGCUGAGGGUGGAGACACCUCGGGUGGCCGCGUGGACAAACGCAAGAAGAUCUGCAACGUGUGCGCCAAACGUUUCUGGUCUCUGCAGGACCUGACCCGACACAUGAGGUCACACACAGGCGAGCGUCCGUAUCGCUGCCAGACGUGCGAGCGCACCUUCACACUCAAGCACAGCCUGGUCCGCCACCAGCGUAUCCACUCCAAGAGCCGUGACACCGACGCCGCCAGCGAGGACGGAGACUCCUGCGCAGCCACACCCACAUCAACCUGCCCGCCCUCAGAGAAUGAGAGCGAGAGCGCCAAGGACCUGGAGGAAGUGGAUGCCGCCGAACUUGAGAGAAGUUCUGAUCCUGAACCAGCUGAGGCCCAAUCCACCGUUUCUGAGGAGGCGUCUGAACGAUGUGCAACCCCCCAGGACGCCACCGACACCAAGACGAGUGACACGUCUGGAGAAGACUUUUCCAAAGACCCGCCCUCAGCUUCAAGCCCUGCCCCUGCUGAGGCCAUCAUCCAGGGCCUCCUGGAGAUCCACGCCCCAUCCCCGAUGGAUCACAUGCUGCCCAAUGGGGAGCCCCCCUUGGUGGGCGUGGACUGAGGGGUGUACCUUUAAGAAGCCUUGAAGUGCCUUACUACUCGUCCAUCUUCAUCACCGAGGAGGAUGAUGAUGUCCUUUUUAUAGCUUUUUAACUUGUUUUGGAAAAUCAAGAUGGCCAAUGGCUGCGUGUCACAGGACAGUAGUACACGUGCAAAGAGAUGCCGCUUGUAACUGGAAGAUGGGGGACAGACUUGCCGCCGCCCCUCUGUUUGUAUGAGGGGGAGGGGUGGCUCACACUUUAGUGAACUUCUCAGUUUAUGUGCACAGCGUCGCACAGGAGGACUUUUCUCAGUUUUGGGUGACUUUUUGGUGUCGGGAGGGAAUUUUUCUGGUUUUCUUUUUUUUUAAUAUAUAUAUAUAUACAUAUAUAUAUAUACAUAUAUAUAUGUAUAUGUGAACAAAUCAAAUUUAGUUAAAGUGUGUGCGUGCGUAUGUGCUUACUCUUGUCGGCUUUCUUCUGGUGCCUCGGCCGCGCUCGCACUGACCCGGGUCCAAUUUACCUCAACACGUCAAUCGCGUCUUCCUGCGAGCUAGCAUGGCUAACUUUUAGCUACACCGCCGAGCUCACAGCUAAGCACAGCUAGCGUGUCAGUUAGUCCAUGCUAGCCUGCUUCGUGCAAUUAGCCUUAACGCACAAGAAAUAGCUAUUAGCUUUGGCUUAGCAUCACCUCAGCUUCUUAAGGGCUAACACUACGUAGCUGCAGCUAUUAGCCUGUGUCUGCCAAGGGCUAACAUAUCAUUUCCAGUGGUAAUGUGUUGUUGUGAGCCUAAACUCAGAUAUGAAGUCAUGGGGUAAACGCACACGUUUGGCGAGUGGACCAGGCCAGCUAACAAGCUAACUUACAAUGACUAGCUUCAAGCUAACUGCAGGCUAUGCUUGCCUGCUACAAUAAUUAGCAUGUAUGCCCUAAUUUGACACGCUUUCUCCCUGAUUACUUUCUUCUUUCACAUGAAUUCAAAGAACAUUAAUACUUUAAAUACUUAUUAUUCUUUUUUUUAUGGCGUCAGAGACAAUCAAAGAGCGUCCAGAAAAGAUUGCAACAAUAAAAGUACAACACUAUGUUGUGUCACAUUCAUAGUAGCCACGUUGUGGGGGCGGGGUCUUUUGAUUUUAUUUUUUCCUUAACCAACCUCUAAAUAAAAUUUAAAAAUAAACCUCGGAAGUAAAAGCAACAAACUUAAUUUUAUUGUUCUGACUGGGCACCAACUAGUACUGCUAGUGCUCUAAUACUAGUACUACAGCUUGUACUCAUACAGCUAUUAUGGUAGAUACUUGGUCACAAUCAGACAUCCACCAGCACUUUGACUUGUUUGAUUUGGUGCUUCUUAUCAUCUCAUUAAGUUUGUUUUCAGUGACUUGUGUCAAGAUAAAAAGCACACUAUGUGAUGCAAUAAUUGUAAAGUGUUUAAUUUCCCCCCAAAAUAUACUGUCUUGAAUUUGCUAAAUGCGCUCGUGCUAACGUCAGGCUAACACCACCUAGCUAGUAGCAUGGCCAAGUUUUCCAUAUUCCCACUUAACAGAAUGGCGCCACUCUUGACAGUUUGACUUCUGUUUGUUAGCAAAAUGUUUAAAGUUGAAAUAAAUAAUUGGCUUUUGUCGACUUGACGACAGUUAUUUAAUUUUGAAUGCUCACCACCAGUCAAGGGACCUGUCCUUCCUGGCUAGCUAAGCCUAGCUUAGCUGAGCCGAGUGCCCCGCCCUUUCCAACAUUAAGUAUGACUUGAGUUACGUGAAUCCUGGACUUCCGCGUCGAUAGUUUUUUUUAUGUAUUUAUUUGGAGCCCAGGUGUGUGUGUGCGUGCGCUACCUGACGAGGACAAGCCAUGUUUGGAAAAACAAUAUCUCACGUUGGUUGGCGUGUUGAUGACGUCACUAUGUCACGAGCACGCGCAGCCGGCCGGGCUGCAAACGAGCAUUAAGAAUCCAAAAGAGGAAAAAAGCUUUAAUUAAAUCCAUUAAAGUAAAUUUUUGUUGCUUCUUUUUCUUUAUCAACGUUAAAAUGUGUUUAAAACUGUGAAAAUUUAUUUUUGUUCUCUUCUGGGUGACUUUUAGGAUAGUUUUGCAUGUUAAUCAAAUAUGGUUGUUGAUUUGUUUCCACACACACAGAUGUCGAAAUAACAGUAUGAUGUUGCUCUCAGGGUUGAUGACACUUUCUAACAGUCAUUUUGUUUUCCUGAGUUGCAAACUGUAAUGAUUUAAUUUCAUGUUCUGUCAAUCACUACACAAGCACUUGACUGUGAACACACAUUAUGCACACACACACACACACACACACACACACACUCAAAGGUCACACAGCAUGAAGACACAAAUGUGUAUUCAAGACAAUUAAAAUGCAAACAAACAAAAUAAA